AUGCUCAACCCUAGGCAUAUCGCCAAUGAUGCCGGCUCCAGGCUUGUGGAGCUUCCUGACGGCGACGACCAGAUGAUAGGCCUGACAAGCGGAGAUGCAACAAAAGAUGCAAUAUGCCUUGCCGACGCAUUGGGAGCAACACAAGGAGACGAUUCGCCCCUCUACCUGGAUGAGAAGAGGCCUUUGAAGGAAGUGAUAGAGAUUAUGGAGAGAGACCACAGACACUACGGCAGUACAAGAGACAUCAAGCCUCUCGUCCCCGACGUCAGUCUGGAUUGGCAGACCGGUCGCUGGCUUCUACCGCUAGUGUCUAUCAUCCCCAAGCCCAGGACGCCCGAAGCGUUAACGCCAAUCAUCUCGACAGUCUUUUUCCAGCUGCUGAUACUGGAAGCGCCGACGCUUCCCUUUUCGAAGCCCCCGAAGCUUACGGUGCCAUCGACUCGGAAAUCCAACCUGCUGAUGCUAACCGCACCAUCCAAGAUCUUUUCCAAGCGCUCAAUGCUCAAGACGAGGACCAGCAGCAGCAUCAUUCCUACUCCCAAUACCCUAGACGCCGACGACGAAAACGCCGCCAACGGGCAUUCCAAAGCCGCCGAUGCGGGCGAUAUCCCAAACGCUAAUAAUAUCCGCCAGGCUUCAGCCGAAAUCGACGAGAAUCGCCAGCUUUCCCUUCCCCUCAUCAGACGUUCCCUCGCUUUAUCCUGCGCUGUCGGGAUACGAUCCGGUCGGUCGGCUACUCCGCCACUGUCAGUUGGGGAACGAGUCUUUUCGUUGGCUCAACAGCACAUCGAGACAUGUUUCAUCUACGGCAUUUGGAAGGCGGAUAGCAAUGCAUGCACGAGCCUGUUAUGCACCAAGGACGAGACGGACCUGCCCGAGACUUACUACGACCUGAUGCGCUCUGCCGUCUUGCUUUUCAAGCAAGGGUCCAUGGUGGAAGGGUGGCACGUCUUGUCCAAAGCAUUCGAUUUAGUCAAGCCUAUCCUCAAGAGCGGCAAUGUUCGCGCCCUCAACUUCUUCUGGACCUCCCUCAUACUUCUCGUCCAAUCGGACCACGCCGCCAUCAUUGAGCUUCUGAUUAGGCAGAUCUACAACAUGGCCAGAAUCCUGCUCCAGCUCAUCUUCCGCGUCUACGGCACGAGGGAUGCCGCUGCUGCCGAGCAACGCCUCCGCCAGCUGCUAAAGGACUGCGAAGAUAAUACCCCACAAACUCCGGAGCUGAGCCGUAUGACGGUGCUGAAUGCGCUCAGGUACAACCUCAUGAAUUGCAACGAUUGGAUUGGGGGCAUGGAGAUCCAGGCGCGGGCUUUCAACGAGAUGAAAUUGAUCAUGCCGGCGACAAAAUGUCUGAGGCAGGCCAUGCCGUCGGUUGCGGAGCGGUGGGGGAACGACGAUCCCUGGCGGGUCGAGCUCAUGGUUCUGCUGCAGACUUGA